GUGGGGGAGGGGUCCGGGGUUUGAGGACCGCGCUGCGAGUCUCGGAGUUUUGUGGCGCGCGUGCUGGUCGGUUCUGCAGCGUGCCGGAGUCAUGAACCGGUCGCGGCCGCGCUGCGUUGGCUCCGGAAGACGAAGUUGCGGACACCGAAGGAACGUGGCGUUCGAUCAGUGACCGACACGCGAGAAGGAAAGUGAAGACCCAGUGUUGCCAGCGUCGUCUUGGACGAACGUUGCAUCCCCUUUUUGAUGGCUAUCCUCAAGUCAUGUUGUUGCUGGAAGACGCUCCGCAGCGGGAGUGUUGCCUGUGGCAUCUACACGUUGUUUCUCUACUCCGUCAUCAUGGUUGCGGGAAGCUUCCACGUUCAUACUGUCGUCGAGCAUCCAGUUCUCCUCACGUUUGCCCUGCUCAUGGUGUUCCUCUCAGCCGCCUGCGCCGUGUCGUCCGUGGUUCUCCUGCUCGGAUUGUGGGCGAACAACCGCACACUUUUGCUGCCUUGGCUCCUCUCCAUUUCGCUCACCACGCUGCUGGAUGUCAUCGUGCUCUUCUACCUGACGGCAGAGUCGGAGUUCAACCCGUUCUUUGCCGUGCUGUUUGUUGUAGAUGUGUUCAUCGCUGUUCUAAACGUGUAUUGUCUACUCUGCGUCUCUUCCCAGUACCAGGAGUACAAGCAUGGCAGAGGAAGGACUGUCCGCUUUCACGGAGAGUUUCAGGACCCUAUGAAGAGGCCGAGGUCUCAGAAGCACCCGGACGCAGACGGCAACUACUCGCCGACAAAGCCUUCGAUCUUCAUCGGCGACGACUUGGUCUCCUCGUCCAUCACCAAGCUGAGCACGAGCACAACACGAAGGUCGUCCGCGCUCAGUUCGUGCAAGCUGACGCCGAUCAAGGAGGAGCAGGCGACGCGAGCGCGACCCAACGGCCUGGGCGACACCCUACACCAGAGCCUGGGCGCCACGGAGAGCGGGGAGUCGCUGUCCCACGUGUACCUGGUCCCCCCGAGGCACAGCCCCGUCGAGCUGGACGAAGACCAGGAUGAGGACAGCAGCAGGGGAGCCUCGCAGAACUCAGACUCGGGCCCCGUCUCCCAAGUGGUCACCGACGACGGCGAGAAGUGGAACAUCUGACGGUGUAUCAAGCCUUAAAAACUCCUCAACCGGAAAAGACGAUGACGCCGUCGUUUACCCGAGAAAAACAGUAAUAAAGUCUAAAGAGAGCUAGAAUGACGACGGCGGACGAGGACACAAAGCCGCGGUGCCUUACGCUUCCCGACGAAGGUAUCAGGGACGACAGAACCCAGCCGACGAGAUCCUGCCCAAGACUGCAACUUUCCCAGAAGAGCUUUUCCACGCCCUUCCCCUAUCGCCGACUACCGACCGUUUGGCGCCAAAAAGCAGUGUAAAACUUUUAUGACUGUUGAUUUCUGUCCCAUCAGCUAACGGCGUUUUAGAUGUAUAUUUGUUUUUAUUGGCAGUUGGUUAUGUUGGGGUUCAACGGGUAGUUUUAGCGUCUGCGAUAAAAAUAUAGGUAAAAAUAAGUUUCGUGUUUUCUUUUAUAGAAAUAUAUCUUUUCGCCUUUCGAUGUCACAGAGCAAUGAUGUGACGCCGAGCGUCGGCAAAUAAGUAAUAAAAUUAGAAAAAACAAAAAUGACGACGACCCAUAUAUACGUGUUGGACUGGAGCUUCGAAUGUGUUUUCUUUUCAAAUGUGCGACUUUAUAUGUCUAGACCAUGUAUGGCAUCUCACUUUUAUUGGAUGUGUUACACAAUACCAAAACCUUUCCGUACCAAAAAAAAAGAUAUAUAUUUAUUUUCGAAAAAAAAGUAUGUUGAAUUUCGUAUUUUUAGCCUCUUCUCGCAUUGGAACUUGUGUUUCCCUAAACUAACUUUAACUGGAAAUAACGACAUUGUACUUGUUAGAUACCUUUUUGGUUAAGCUUUCAUUGGAUGUAUAAUUUUUGCCAUAGCAUUGAACGUAACAAGAAUUGAUGUCAUCCGAACAACGUUAAAUUGAUUAUCAAAAAACAUAGAUUCUGAAUUUUAAAAAUAAUAAAUCGAAAUAAAAACAUAACUUGUGGCCAGUUUUUGUUUUCCUCCAAAAUAAAAACGAUGUACAAAGUUUACUGGUGGUACAAAAUGCAUUUCAGCCUGGCGAAGCGCCCAAAAGUUUGACCUGUGACGAUCGCCGAAAUUUCACAAUCCGUCUUUGGUCCUUUCAAAGUCAAAAACCGAAGAGCUGAACAUCUGCUGCAAAAAAGCUUUCAGUUUUGUUCUAGUUAAGAGUUGGCCCAGCUUAUAUAUUUUCUGAAAUGUUUUUGUAUCAUCCACUUUUUUUUUCUUGCUCGAUUUGAAAUUAAAUCGCUCAUAUGAUAUAUUCUCUAAGUCGUGCUUGCUGAUGACAUACCAACUUCUCCAACCGGGAUGCUAAAUAUCUUUAAAAAAAAAAAAAAAAAAAAAAACUUUAUAAUGCAUUAAUAUUUACUAGUGUGACCUUCCAUUCAAAAGGAUGACGAGGCCUUCACGUUUUUCAAACACACCAAAUGAUGCUGGUUAUUUUACGUGAAUUCCUAAAUUAAAGCUGUUAAUCUGGAACAGGCAUUUAGUGUUAAAGUUGGGAAACACUUUCGAGUUACCCGACGGGUGCUUUCUCACAAUGGGCAAUGUUCGAGAUGUAGUUUUCUGUUAUAUGUGUUUAAAAUCACAAAAAUACACUUCACUAUAUGAUAGAAAUAAAAAGGGACAUUUUAUUACAUUAAAAAAAAUUAAUCCCGAGAGGUCAGGAUUCUAUCAAAGCUCAAGUCGUUUGGUAUAACCGUUCAUCUGUUUGUCAUUACGUACCGUUCUGAGGCACACAAGUUCAGAGAAUACUUGAUCACACCGGGGUAAGUAAUAUUUUUUUUAAUAUAAUUCCAAAUUGAAAUGAAUCUUCAAAGUUACCGCUGUCAGGCAGUACCACAGGGCGUUCAAGUCGCAAACUAGUUAUGGUAGUCCGUGAGAUAGGCACACCUUUAUUGUACAGUUACCACAAUGUUCAGUCAACGCCGAGACAUCGGGUGACCUGCUUCUU